AUGGAGGGAACUGACCAGCUCGCUGUAUCGCGCGCGGGUCCACUCGCAGAUGAGACAGACAGCGUCGCCACGGUCAUGGGGGACGAAACUCCAAAGAAGCACCCCGAGCCCAAUCAAGAACAUGACUGGAGCCUGCUGUCGCAUCUCCAACAACAACACGAACGCGAUAUUGCCUCCGGAUUCAAGCAACAAAAGCUUGGGGUGACUUGGAAAAACCUCAACGUCAAUGUUAUCAGCUCCGAGGCUGCUGUUAAUGAAAACGCCCUAUCACAGUUCAAUAUUCCUCAGCAUGUGAAAGAGUCUCGGCAGAAACCUCCCCUGCGCACCAUUCUACACAACAGCCAUGGCUGCGUCAAGCCUGGCGAGAUGCUCUUGGUUCUUGGCCGACCAGGUUCCGGCUGCACCACGUUGCUCAAAAUGCUCGCCAACCGACGUCUGGGCUACAAGUCAAUCGAGGGAGAUGUCCGGUUCGGCUCCUUGACUCCCGACGAGGCCAAACAGUACAGGGGCCAGAUUGUGAUGAAUACUGAGGAGGAGCUGUUUUUCCCUACUCUAACAGUCGGCCAAACUAUGGAUUUUGCAACUCGAAUGAAGGUGCCUUUCCACCUACCAAAUGGUGUUGACUCCGCCAAGGCAUAUCAUGAAGAAUCGAAGAGGUUUCUUCUGGAAGCAAUGAACAUCCCGCAUACCGAAGAUACAAAGGUCGGAAACGAAUACGUGCGCGGUGUUUCCGGUGGUGAACGCAAACGUGUUUCGAUCAUGGAAUGCAUGGCCACCCGAGGCUCGGUCUUUUGUUGGGACAAUAGCACCCGUGGACUGGAUGCUAGUACUGCUCUGGAAUGGACUAAAGCCGUUCGGGCUUUGACCGAUACUCUUGGUCUUUCAACGAUUGUGACCCUUUACCAAGCCGGAAACGGGAUCUACGAUUUAUUCGAUAAGGUCCUUGUCCUGGAUGAGGGCGAGCAAGUUUACUAUGGACCUCGGGAGCAGGCGCGGCCUUUCAUGGAAGAAGCUGGGUUCAUCUGUCGCGAGGGCUCCAACGUCGCCGACUUCCUCACUGGCGUGACCGUUCCAACCGAGCGCCGUAUCCGCGAUGGGUAUGAGAACCAAUUUCCUCGCAGCGCCGAACAGCUGCGCGUCGAGUACGAGAAGUCGCCUCUCCACUCCCGAAUGAUCAGCGAGUACGAUUACCCGGACUCGGACCUUGCCCGUGACCGCACUGCAGAGUUCAAAGAAGGCGUCGCUUUUGAGACCGCUAAGAAUUUGCCGAAGAGCAGCCCUCUUACAGUGAGCUUCAUGGAGCAGGUCAAGGCCUGCAUUGUGCGGCAAUAUCAGAUUCUGUGGGGAGACAAGGCGACCUUUAUCAUCAAACAGGUUGCGACUUUGAUCCAGGCAUUGAUUGCUGGUUCCCUAUUUUACAAUGCUCCCGAUAAUUCGGCCGGUCUCUUUGUCAAGUCGGGUGCUCUGUUCUUCUCUCUGCUGUAUAACAGUCUGCUGGCCAUGUCCGAGGUGACAGACUCUUUCAGUGGGCGCCCAGUUCUUGUCAAACAUAAAAGCUUUGCUUUGUACUAUCCGGCCGCCUUCUGCAUUGCUCAGAUUACCGCCGAUAUCCCCGUCAUUCUAUUCCAGAUCAGCGUCUUCUCGCUGGUGGUUUAUUUCAUGGUGGGAUUGACCAUGUCCGCAGCCAGUUUCUUCACCUACUGGAUUGUUGUGUUUGCGACCACGAUGUGCAUGACUGCAUUGUUCCGGGCAAUCGGUGCUCUUUUCACUACGUUCGAUGGCGCAUCCAAGGUCUCUGGAUUCUUAAUUGCGGCACUGAUCAUGUAUACUGGGUACCUAAUUCAAAAGCCGGAGAUGCACCCAUGGCUGGGAUGGAUUUUCUGGAUCGAUCCUUUAGCAUAUGGAUUCGAAGCGCUUCUGUCCAACGAACUCCACGGCAAGAUUUUACCCUGCGUUGGUAGCAACCUAGUACCCCAGGGUCCCGGCUAUGAUAGCCCGCAGCACCAGUCCUGUGCUGGUGUUGGUGGUGCCACCCCCCACAGCAUCAUUGUCACUGGUGAUCAGUACUUGAGUUCGCUGGACUAUAGCCACUCCCACCUCUGGCGGAACUUCGGUAUCAUCUGGGCCUAUUGGGCACUCUUUGCCGCCGUAACGAUCAUCGCUACUUCCAGAUGGCAAUCUCCUUCCGAGUCCGGUAGUUGCCUCGUCAUUCCUCGCGAGCGUCUGGGUCGACACACCCAGAAGGUCAAGCGUGAUGAGGAGUCUCAGACGCAAGAAAAGACAAAAGAGCGCCCCGAUGCCGAAUCUCUAAAAGACCACGAACUGAACGAGCAGUUAGUUCGAAAUUCUUCUGUUUUUACCUGGAAGAAUCUCAGCUACACCGUCAAGACUCCCUCCGGUGACCGUGUUUUGCUUGAUGAUGUGCAUGGAUGGGUGAAGCCUGGCAUGCUAGGCGCUCUCAUGGGAGCUUCUGGUGCAGGCAAAACUACUUUGCUUGACGUUCUGGCUCAGCGCAAGACUGAAGGUACGAUCCGUGGAUCGAUCAUGGUGGACGGACGUCCGUUGCCAGUUUCAUUCCAACGCUCUGCUGGUUACUGCGAACAACUCGAUGUCCACGAACCAUUUGCGACUGUCCGUGAAGCCUUGGAGUUCUCUGCCCUGCUUCGUCAGCCGCGGGAUGUUUCCCGUGAGGAAAAGCUGAAAUAUGUCGACACCAUUGUCAAUCUACUCGAGCUGCAUGACAUUGCAGACACUUUAAUCGGCCGUAUUGGUGCUGGACUGAGCGUCGAGCAGCGAAAACGUGUCACUAUUGGUGUUGAACUGGUAUCGAAGCCUAGCAUCUUGAUCUUCUUGGAUGAACCGACUUCCGGUCUCGAUGGUCAAUCGGCUUUCAAUACAGUGCGCUUCCUGCGCAAACUGGCUGACGUGGGUCAAGCCGUGCUUGUUACCAUUCAUCAGCCCAGCGCCCAAUUGUUCGCAGAAUUCGACACCUUGCUCCUCUUAGCCAAAGGUGGAAAGACGGUUUAUUUCGGCGACAUCGGUGACAAUGGCCAGACAGUCAAAGAUUACUUCAAGCGCUACGGAGCACCGUGUCCCCCUAACACCAACCCGGCUGAGCACAUGAUUGACGUUGUAUCUGGCCAUCUGUCUCAGGGUCGCGACUGGAACAAUGUCUGGUUGGAAUCUCCAGAACAUGGAAAUGUUGUCAAGGAACUGGAUGGAAUAAUCGAAACCGCCGCAUCGAAGCCGCCCGGUACCCAUGAUGAUGGCCGUGAGUUCGCCACGUCUCUCUGGGAACAGACGAAAUUGGUAACCGAGCGGAUGAGUACUGCCUUAUUCCGCAACACCGACUACGUGAACAAUAAAUUUGCCCUCCACAUCGGGUCCGCUCUGUUUAAUGGCUUUUCCUUCUGGAUGAUUGGAGAUAGCGUCAGCUCCAUGCAACUGCGCCUGUUCACUAUUUUCAACUUCAUUUUUGUCGCUCCCGGUGUCAUCAACCAACUGCAGCCCCUUUUCAUCGAGCGGCGUGAUAUUUACGACACUCGUGAGAAGAAGUCCAAGAUGUAUUCUUGGAAGGCCUUUGUCACUGCUCUGAUCGUCUCUGAGUUCCCUUACCUUUGCAUCUGCGCUGUCCUCUACUAUGUUUGCUGGUACUAUACUGUCGGUUUUAGCAACGAGGCGAGCAAGGCCGGUGCCACUUUCUUUGUCAUGCUGGUAUACGAGUUCGUGUACACGGGAAUCGGACAGUUCGUUGCUGCCUACGCGCCGAACGCUACAUUUGCCGCCUUGACCAACCCUCUGAUCAUUGGUAUGCUGGUGUCUUUCUGUGGUGUGCUGGUGCCAUACGGGCAAAUUCAGGCAUUCUGGAGAUACUGGAUGUACUGGAUCAACCCUUUCAACUAUCUGAUGGGCAGUAUGCUGGUAUUCAACGUCUACGACACCGAAGUACACUGCAAAGAGAAGGAAUUUGCCAUUUUUGACCCCCCUAACGGUACUACUUGCGGCCAAUACCUGCACACUUUCAUGGAAACAAUCGGAACUGGAAUGAAUCUAACCAAUUCCGAUGCCACCCAGGACUGCCGUGUGUGUGAAUAUCGCACGGGCGCUGACUACCUCCACAUGCUCAAUCUCAAGGACUACUACUACGGCUGGCGUGAUGCAGGGAUUGUUGUCAUCUUUGCUAUCAGUUCGUAUGCUCUUGUAUACAUCUUGAUGAAACUUCGCACUAAGGCCUCGAAGAAGGCAGAGUGA